ACCGCUACAGCUCGGAGCAGGACUUCGUUGCCGACCUGAGGCAGAUGUGGUUCGGUCUCUACUCCAGAGGGGAUGGCGAGCCGGACUCCAGCGGCUUCGAGCACAUCUUCUCAGGGGAGGUGAAGAAAGGGAAGGUCUCAGGGUUCCACAACUGGAUCCGGUUCUACCUCCUGGAGAAGCAAGGAGCCCUCAACUACCUCAGCCACAACUUCGAUGGGCCAUGGGACUCCUACCCAGACGUGCUGGGGCUGCAGUUCAGCUGGGAAGGCUUCCACAAGGAGCUUGGCUCAGCCUUCAUCGGCUGCAGCCCCGAGUUCGAGUUCGGCCUCUACAGCCUCUGCUUCAUCGCGCGGCCCGGCCGGGCCUGCCACCUGAGCCUCGGCGGCCACAGGCUCAGCAUCCAGACCUACAGCUGGACCAAGUCCACCUACGGCCCCGGCAAGAGGUUCAUCGCCACCGCCUACAUCAUCACCCCCUGA